CGCAAGGGAGAUGACGUCACGCCUUACCGGGGAACAAUCGGAGGGAGAGAGCGCCACUGAGCAGGCUACGGGCAGGCCACCUCAAUGGGCUCACUGGUAGCUAAUGCGUAAUAGCUAGCAUAGUCCAGCCUCAAGGAUCUGCCUGUUGUGUGUCCAGCGCCUAUUGUAAUUUUACCGUUUCCCUAUGCAUGUACACAUUGUGCUGAAUUAAAUGCCGCGUAGACAAGUUAGUGCGCGCUGAAAACUCUCAUCUGCACCAAAUCGCGCGCUGUGUGGCUGAACUUUUGUUAACUGGAUAGAUUUUAAAUUGGAUGGACUAACAUGAAGAGUCUAAAAGCAAAGUUCAGGAAGACUGACGCCCAUGAAUGGAGUAAGAAUGACGAGCGUCUCCUCAGCGCGGUGGAGCAUGGGGAGCCGGAUAAGGUUGCGUCCCUCCUGGCCAAGAAAGGGGCCAGCGCAGUCAAGCUGGAUGCUGAGGGCAAGUCGGCUUUGCACGUGGCCGCCAUGAAGGGUCAGGCUGAGUGCCUGGCUGUGAUUCUGGCCCAUGGAGCUGAUGUGGCGGUAAUUGAUGCUUCAGGUUCCACUGCUUUACACCUAGCUGCCAAAAACAAUCACCAAGACUGUGCCAAAAAAUUGAUUCAGAGUAAGAGUGCACUAGACGCCUGUGAUGGCUCAGGGAAAACCGCACUGCACCAAGCAGCCAUGUGUGGAAACACUGCCAUUGUCCAGCUGUUGUGUGAGCACAGAAGUCCAGUGAACAUUCAAGAUGCGGAGGGCUCCACACCCCUGCUGUUGUCAGCCAGACACGCUCAUGUGGACGUGUGCCGCAGUCUGGUGCAGUGGGGCGCCGACGUCAACGCUCGCGAUAAGAACGGCAGGACGGCGGUGAUGCUGGCCACAGAGAGCAGCUGUGUGGGGGCGGUGCAGAUGCUGCUGCAGCAGCGUGGCAUCAACCUGCGUCUGGCCGACUCCCUGGGUCACGACGUGCUGCACUACGCCAAGCUCUCGGGCAGCCAGGAGCUGCGCACCAUCCUCAACGCCGCGCUGCAGAGGCAGCAGGCCGACACAGACAAGAAGACUCCACAAAAAACUCCACAGCAUGCUCAAGGCACUUGGGUAAAUGACGACAGAAGUGCAACCCCCAAAAAGCGAAAAGCGCCUCCUCCCCCCAUUAGCCCUCAGCAGUCGGCAGGCGUGGUGUCGCCCCCCUACUUCACUCCCACCGGGACGCCGUCCUCCACCAAGAGUGACACACCCAAAAGGUUUAAUUACAAGGAGGAGGAGCUGCAGAGCAUGGUCCUGAAGGAGGAGGUGGAGAAGCUGCUGGAGGAGAAGAGCAUGCUGCUGGAGACUAUUGAGGAUCUCAAGCAGAUCGCAGAGCAGACGCACGCAGAGCCCCAGGCUCUGGUGGGGGGGCUGCGAGGGGGGAGUGCUGAUGCAGCGCUGGUGUCCACACUGCAGGCCAAGGUGGCCGCGCUGUCCCUGGAGAACCAGCAGCUCUCACAGAUCAUCAAGAAACGGCCAACGCCACAGGGAGAGGACGAGGACUCCCGGCCCAACAGCAUCGACUCCAACGCCUCCUACCACUCCACGCGCGCCGACUUCGAGCACCCGUCCCUCUCUGAGGUGGAGAUGGCGGCCAUGUCCGCCAUCGAGGAGGAGCUAAGACGCGGAGGAGGAGGUGGAGGUGGAGGCUCCAGCCAGGAGGAGGUGCUGCUCCUUCAGAAGACCCUGCACAGCGUGCAGUGCAAGGUGCUGGACAACCAGCCGUAUGCCAAGCUGACCUCCGGCUCCCUGGAUGAGAAGGGGAUGCUGGAGAGCGUGGCGGACCUCCAGGCCAAGCUGGCGGUGGCCCAGGACAAGUACCUGCGGGCGGCCCAGGAGGUGCAGGCGUUACGGGCUGAGGCAUCCCAGAGCGGUGGGGGUGGGGCUGGAGGUCCUGGGGGUCGGCGAGCGAGCGAGGUGGACGACGGGGUGCUGCAGAAGGUCCAGAAGCUGAAGAACGGCCUGGAGCAGGAGGUGAAGGAGCUGCGGGCCAAGCUGGGGGUGGCCGAGGAGAUGGGCAGGCGGGACGCGCAGCGCAUACGCGACAUGGAGGCACGUCUGGAGGUCGCCGCCAACCAGGAGAGCCACGCGCGUCAGAACCAGGGCUCCGUACUAGAGACCCUGAAGCAGGAGAAGACACAGCUGAUGAAGAAGUACAAGGAGGCGCAGGAGGAGGCGCGGCUCCUGCAGGAGGCGCUGAAGGGCACGGUGCCCGUGGAGGCGGCCGCCAAGGACUUCGAGGCCAUGAAGAGCGAGAUGAACGAGGUGAUCGAGGGCCUGCAGAGGCGCCUGCGCGAGCUCUCCAAGUCCUACAGCGAGACCAAGAGUGAGCUCAACGCCGCGCGCAACCAGCUCAACCAGUCGCCCGUGCCCUCGCUGUCCUUCUCCGAGAAGGACUUCCAGGAGCAGGCCGAGGAGCUGCAGGCCGCCACGCGCAAGGCGGAGGAGAGCGAGACCAAGCACGGCGAGGCGCUGAAGGAGGUCAGCAGGCUGCAGCAGGAGCUGGAGGUGCUGACCCAGACCACGGUGAGCCUGGCCGACCACACGCAGGUGGUGGCCUCAAUGGGCACCGCCAUCAAGGAGCUGGAGGGCCAGACCACCGCGCUCAAGACGCAGCUCUCCCAGAAGGCCCUGCAGGUGGACGCGCUGCAGAACCGUCUGACGGUGGAGCAGGAGCGCACGCCGGACGACUCGGUGCCGCGCCAGGAGCACGUGCAGCUGCGCGAGAAGAAGGAGGCCGAGGUGGCGCAGGUGACGCGGCUGCUGCAGGAUGCCCUGCGCAAGCAAGACGAGCUCGCACUGGAGGUGGCCGCCGCCUGGCAGGAGGUGAAGGACGGGCGCGGCGAGAAGCAGGCCGCGGAGGAGCUGGCGGCCAGCAGGCUGCAGGAGAACAACACGCUGAGCGCCAAGCACCGCGAGGCCCAGGACCUCACCAACCACCUCAAGAAGCAGGUGGAGAACCACGUGGCCUCCGAGAGGGAGAAGAACAAGAAGAUUGAUGACCUCUCUAAGGAGGUGGCUAAGCUGAAGGAGGCCCUGAACAGCCUGUCGCAGCUCUCCUACAGUGGCAGUGGCGCCCCCAAGAGGCAGCAGCAGAACCAGCAGCUGGAGGCCCUGCAGGCACAGGUCAAGCAGCUCCAGUACCAGCUCACGGAGUCCAAGAAGCAGCAUCACGAGAUAGUGUCUGUGUACCGGAUGCACCUCCUCUACGCCGUGCAGGGUCAAAUGGAUGAAGACGUGCAGAAGGCGCUGAAGCAGAUUCUCAUGAUGUGCAAAAUGUCAACUGAAGCCCAAUGACAUCGACUACCGUCGGCGCUCAAGAUGGUGUCACACUGGGUGUUUUGACUUUUUUUUCUUUUUCUUGGGUUCAUUUUCUUUCUUGUCCUUUCUUUUCUUUACAACACGUUUUAUUUGGUGGCUAAAACCAUUACGAAGAAGGACAGAGAUUUUUGUUUGUUUGUACGCUGUCCUUUUCAAAAUGUGUUAUCUCAUCAAACACCGUAGAUUAAUAUUUUUUUUAAAUGGAAACACGUGCCACUACUACUCACAGUACUAUAGAUAACAGCUGAAUUUAACGGUAGCAUGUUGUGUGCAUCAGCAGCGAAGAUUACAUUUCACGUGUAAGAAUGCCAAAAGACACAUAUACUCUCACCUGUGAAAUUGCAUAUCGGACAAAAACACAUUUUUGAUAAAUUUCAGAUUGACACUGUGGUGCUGGAUGUGUGCCAGAGAUGACAUCAUGCAUUUUGUCAGUGUUAUUUUUUACAUUAUGGAAUGUUUGAAGCAAUUGUUAUUAUUAUUAUUAUCCAAUUUUUUUAUUUGGAUAUGGUCCUUGUUUGAUCUCAACAAGCAAAAAAAUGCAUGCUUAGUACCAUGCACUAUUUUUCCCCACAAUGAAUGUGCACCUUCAGUUAGAGAAAAAGAAACUGGUCAUUUGUUCAUUUGAAGGAUCACAGUGCUGGUUUUUGAAGCAGCCUUAUUGUACUUUUCUUUUUUUUGUAAGCAGGGAAGUUGACCAGGGAAGGGACAAAGGGGUCAGUUGCCCCUGGCCCAGGGAGAGCGGAGAGGGGCCCCCAGAAUUAGUUUCUCAUUACAUUGUAUGUAUUGGAUGGGGAGCCGUCAGAUGACAAUGUCCUGGGCCUGGCCAAAGAUGUCAGCGACCCUGGCUGAUUGUAACUGUGUGAUCACACCACCGGCGUUGAACGCGUGAAAAGUGGCGGAAGUAAUUGACUUUGUAUGGAAGAGCAGGGGGCAGAAGUGUCAAAAGCUGCAAAAGCGUUUCUUGUGCCGAGGCCGUCAGAAGCGUUAAAAAAGAAGUUGAACUCCAGCUAAAAAUAUGUAAUGAGCUCGGCGCCAGCAGGCGUCAGCCAAUGGAAUGUUCACAUUUUUCUGAACACAAGCUUCGUUUGGUCACUCUUCCUGAUUGAACGCUUCAGGUUGAAUCAUGUGCCGUGUUCAAUGCCCCUAACCUGUGCUUUCCAAGUGGGAGUCAGCAGCGUUUUAGCUCUUUCAACGCCGGCUGUGUCCGCACGGUAAGAAUAUGUGGAUGAUAUGUGGGUUUUUUGUCUUCGCUCUGAUCUCUUCUCUCAUCUGCAUGCUGUGAAAACACUUUUGAUUGCAGGAUGCUGUCUUGUUGGAACACUAUGCCAGCUGAUCCUCUACUCAUCUCCCCCAUUGAUGUUCUACUUAGUUUUUUUUCUUUUCUCCUAGAUUUUUGUUUUCACAGAUAUUUUGUAAAACUGCCUGGCUGUCGCACUAACAGUCUCCGACUCGAAAAACACCCAGCCGUGUGAUGAAUGCACUUUUCCCAGUAAUUGCCUCCUCUCUGUGACUGUUUCCAGUACUGUGUAAGUGAGUCAGACUGCCAACCAACCCCACAGGGGCCCUUUGUUGCCCACAACAAGCCUGUAAGACAUAGGUCCUGCUGAAGGAGGACUAAAACAGUAUUGAACUAUAGCUACACGUACAGUAGUAGUGUUUUUACUUUUUAUCAAAUAUAGUGCAUGUUUUUUAUUUGUUAUUUCUGAUGUAACAAAGAUAAACUCAGAGUUGUAUUUUCUUACUACGCAAAACCAGCAGAUAUCGUGGAAUUACUACGGUGUAAUGGAUCAGGGCCCCAGUUCACAAGAGUCUCUCACCACGGUCCUUUUGUAGGAACUAAGAGACUGAAGCACUGCAACCAACCCAGAAUCAUAACAAAUACCCAUGAAAGAUUUAUUAAAAAUGAAGGAUUUUGUUCUUGAGAAGCACAUCACCAGCCUAACGUGUUAACGGUCCCUAAGGGCACUUUGAACCGCUUUGCUGACCAAAUGUCAAACACGCAUACAUACACUAACACGCGCUUAUACACAGGGAAGCUGACAAGGGGGAAACAAAGGGGUCAGUUGUCCCAUGUUGCGGAAGAGGGAGAGGGCCCAGAUUUCAGCAGCUCUUAUUACAUUGUGUGCAUUGGUAGGACUGGUGGGGGCUUUCAAAUGACUUUGUCCUGGGCCUGGCCAAAGCUGUCAACAGCCCUAAACACGUACGCACACACAAACUCACACACACACACAAACACAUAAUCUCACAGCCUCAAACAGCAGAUGAACUCACCCUUUUAAUCACUUCAGCGUGGUUCCGAUCGUCAUAGCCAACCCACAGCUGCUCCGUGUGUGGACUUCAAGCAUCGGCCUUGUUAUGACUAAGUCUGUCGGUGGUUAGCAAAGUGACCAUGUGCCAUACUGUACUGUAUAUAUACUGUGGCUAUGUCAAGACGCCUUUUUUUUGUCACACACACACACACACACCUGAGGCGAUGAGGUGGUCGCCCUUGUCUUCAGAACACUAUGAAACAAUGCACUACAUCCAAGAUGGAGGCCUCCUUCAGGGAGAUGACAUGUUUUCGCAACACUGCCAAUUUGAUGCCCCCCUUGUUGAAAGCAAUAACCUGGUCCACACAUGGUUUUGUGGCCAUGGUGACAAGAACUCAAGAGUUUUCCCUUCUUCCUUCAAAAGCCAUCGUUUUUAUGUAGUGUCAUUUCUUUUCCCUUUUUUCCCCUGUAUCCCUCAAAAUGUAAACAUUUCAAAAAUGCACUUUGCUGAGGAACUUUUCGAACCCACAUUCUGUUGUUAAUUUGGAACAUAAGCGUUCUGUUUGGAGCACCUGUUCAUUCAUGGAUAUUUUAAGAAAUCAUUUUGAACACUCUGUAUUUGUUUACUUUGUUACCUCUGGGUACUUCAUUGUCUGCCAGCUCUUCUCAUGCUCCUGCCACUGAUUUGUUUAUUUCAUUUGAACUGGCUCUUUUUGAGAAACAAAUGGCACUCCUUUCAACACCACAAAAGUUUUUUUUGUUUUUUUCCAGCAUGUAACUGUAGACUGUAUAAAUAUUCUAUUGAAGAGCAGUAAAUGCUAGUUGGGUUUUUUGUAUUAUGUUGUAUUAUUGUUAAAUCACUUUGUCACAGGGAAGGUUUUGAUAUGUUUUUUUGAUGUGUGUUUGUUUCUUGCCCCCUUUCACUCUCCC